AUGAACCGCCUGCCCAACCCAACCCAAACUGGGCAUGGCGUUGUGCCCUCGGCCAAGGCCAUCUUGGGCUGGCUGAUGGAGGCGGCACUGUGCCGCGCAUUAACGUCAUGCGCGCUCCAGCAGGGACGACAAUGUACUUUGGCCCGCAGCGCAGGAAGCAAGCUAGACCGCCUGUCGAUCCGGCUCCCCUCCCCGGAGCCUCUCUCCCCAUUUGCGCUAUCCUUCUCAGCCAGCCAGCCAGCCAGCCGUCCAGCCGUCGGUGCGGAUAUCCCUGUUCUCUGCAACAUGCAUCAAGGCUACUGCUUGCAGCAUUGUGUUUCUGUUCUCCAGGAUGAGGAGAUGAAGAGAGCAGCCACCACAACAACACGCACGCCCACCCUACCCACCGUAAGAGAGUCCAUCGCGUCGCCUAGCAUUCCUAGCCCUAAUGCUGGCAUCCCCCACGGGCCAGUCAUCAAGUGCCACGCUAGGGCACGUCGUCGCGCGAUGGUUGCUGGCGCGUCCUCUAGCUGGCGAGCCCCGGGAAGGCUGCGUGCUUCGUUUCACGCCCGCCAGGCGGGCCAGCCCCGGCUCCCUCUUCCAUCUUCCAUCUAG